ACGUCACCACCGAACGGCCGAUCCAUGGGGAACUGGACAAAUCCGUGGUAAGCAAUGAGGACGGAAUGAUGAAGUUUAGAUCAGAUCGCCUGUCGUUCUUUCUGCUUUGUACUCAUUCCAGAGCUCUUGACAAAUCGGAGCGGCGUGCCUGGCCAUGUUGCAUUUAUUUGCUUGAGUGUUGACAGAUCUGAACCAGAAUUUGAACGAAACAACUGCGGAGGUUGACGCACUUGGGCGAUGCUCGCUGUGUCAAGUACUUGGGUGAAUCCUGUCUCCCGAUGAGGGUUGCAUUGUGGUGUUGAGGAUCUGCUCUUCUUGAAGUCGAAUCUGAGGAUUUCGACAUACAAAGAAGCUCUUCAACCGUGCCAUCGAUUUGGUGGCCUCCGUCUCCGAAUUGGUGCGUUCGUGAAAAGCUUGAGAAAAGCUGAUAACGUCUGUGGAUUGUCUUUGCUGUUCAGGUACUCUUUCACAAGCCCUCUGAAGUUGGCCUCAACUAUUCUCUGCACUUGUUAAGGUCAAGUAGAACUCUCUCAUUCGAACACUGGACUGAAUGAAUCUAUCGAUUUCUGAAGCUGCAGCGUUCCGUAUGAGUUAUAGUCUCUGUUUCCUACAACCUCUUGGCUCCCUUUCGCUGCAGCAGCGCUGCUACGGUAGGGAUGAUCUUAAGGACAAGGGAGUUGUGUUGAAUUAGAAACAUGGCAUUUCGAAGAGUCUGAUGAUCAAUGACUGGAAAUUGUAGGGAAUGAGACAAAUUUGUAUUCACUAUGGCCUCAGUGGAUAGUGAAAUGAUCUCGUCUGCCGGUUGAGAAGCAUUUUAACUCAAAUUCGAAAUUUGUAUAGUUGGACUGUCCAUUUCUUGGAUUUUUCUAUGCCGGGAUGCUAGAAGAAAAUUCUUUCGAUCAGCAUGAUUUGUACAGUUGGUUUAUCCGGUUGUUAUCGAAUUAGCUGAAAUCUGUUUUAAAUGUACUGUCUAGUGCACGCAUGUCAUACAGCAUUGUUUUUUCCGGCACACACGGAGUUCACCCAAUGAAUUGAGGCAUACUUACUAGUUUGAUUCCUACCCGAGGUGAACCGUCAACUACCGAGCUAUCAGCAGCAUCACGGACUAUUGCCAUAAUUCCAACACUCCGAGGCUGGUGAGCUUGCUGCUGCCUGUGGCUGCCUUCGAUUCGCCACUCUGAUGGGUUUAUCAUGUGGGAGGAAAAAGUCCAUCGCUGUCUGCAAUUCCACCAGUGAUCUUUCUCAAUCCACGAAUAACUGCAACAACCUGCAGGUUUUCAAGUCUAAGGACCUUGAAGCAGCGACAGGAGGCUUCGCACCCGAGAAUCUAAUAGUGAAGGCCAGUCAUGGGUUAAUCUUCAAAGGCACGUUAAAGAAUGGGCGCGUUGUGGCCGUGAAGAGGCCAACGCCCGGCGCUCGUCUCUGGCACGACGAAGACGCAUUCGAGAACGAGAUGCAAAUUCUGUCAAAGCUUUGCAACCGGCGUUUUGUGAAUCUUCUGGGGCACAGCCAAGAUGGGAAGUUGAAAUUGCUGGUGGUGGAGCACAUGGUCAAUGGCUCCCUACAUGAUCACCUACAUGGCACCAUCGACCGUGCAACAUGCUUGAGUUGGCCCAUGCGAGUGCACCUCGCGCUCCAAAUAGCGAAAGCCAUCAGGGCUCUUCACGCGUCGUCACCACCCAUCAUACACCGUAACAUUAGAAGCAUGAAUGUAUUUAUAGACAGGGACUGGAACGCUCGGCUUGGGGAUUUCGGCCUUGCAAGGUGUGCGCAGGAAUGCGAGCCUCCACGGAGAUCCAGCAAUCUGUCGUCUAUUCCAGAAGUUGACACCAGUGAAGGGGCAGCUCGAUUUUCCGUGGGGCUUGAGAGUUUCAAAAUCGACAAGGAGCACGAGAAUCCUCCCUACAUCAGCACCAAGACCGACGUGUUUAACUUCGGAAUGCUGCUUCUAGAGAUAAUGAGUGGUCGAAGUGCAGUCUCUUUGGAUGCGGAUUUCAACCCUUUCAGUCUUUUGGAUUGGGCCUUGCCACUUAUCAAGCACGGGAACGCCAUGGCAAUCUGUGAUAGACGGCUUAAACCCCCCCAAGUAGCCGCCGUGGUGAACCAGAUUUCAACGAUCGCCGCAAGAUGUGUGCGUCCUUCAGGCCUCCGCCGUCCCUCCAUGGACGACAUUGUGCAUGGGCUCACGAAUGUCAGCAAGAUGCUCCCGCUCCCUAUGUGGAACGGAUUGACAGGACUAGGUUCGAAGAUGAAGACUGCUCGGCGCAGCAGCCAGGAGAAUUUUUUUACCACUGCCUGUCACCCUGAUCCCACACUCUACAAAGCUAGCAGAUUCAUUAGGCUACCUUUGUGGACGGGAUUCUUCAGGUUGAAGAAACGAAAACGUGCGCUGGUCUUUGGCUUGGGGAGAUUUUUAGCCAAAAAGCUGCGAAUUGGAACCGUGAGGUACACCAGGCUACCAACUAAUGACAGGAGCGGUCUCAAGGGUCCCAUUGUAGCUUCCAAAGUCGCUGACGAGGGGAGGUGGAGAGGAAUCGUUCACCCUAUGCAGCAGAUGGAGAUCAAGUCCAGCACCUUGCACCCAGCAGGCUUUCGCAAAUCAGCUGUAACCGCGCAUCAUAGCUCCGGUGUGCAUUCUGCCAGGAUACAAAUGGGGAGUAUCCAUGAGCAAGUUGCAGUGCGAGGGCUAUAAAAUGAUAUCAUUCAAGCAGGUUCGCAUGUUCGAUCAAGGUGGAGGUUUUUCGACCUAUUCACAGGAAGAUGAUUGGCGGUGUAUUGCUAGACUUUUGAAUAUUCCGCAACGUAAGUGUGGAUAUCUGUAAAUAUUUCAGAAAAGAAUUCCUUUUCUGUCCCAUUUCACUACUCCGUUGAGAUCCACCAAUUGUGAUUCAUCACCUCUUCCCACGAAGUCAGAUACAUCUCCAGACCUCGAAGCUUUCAACAUCCCUAUCCAUCGACCUCGCAAAGUGCAAGCUUCUCCUCCUCGAAGCUGUUAGUGUUUCUAAUCUAGUAAGCCAUAGGAGAAUAAGCAGGAACAUCUCUCCCAGGUGCCCAGUACUUAAGAUUUUGAACGUUAGUUACGUUCUCCAGACUGAAGAUGAAUUGAAAUAUAUGUAUACCAUUAUGAUCAGCAUCAAAUUUUACGUUGAUUUUCGUACUCUCUUAA